UAAAAAGAGGGAGGAUGGGACUCCACAGCUGACAGAGAGAAGGUACAGGUGCGUCAAAGAUGAACUGGUUUGUAGCUGCGCUCGCUCUGUGCGUCCUCGUGCCCAGCGCCCACUGCGCCACAGGCACCGUCGCCUGGUGUUACCAUGCUCCAACCUGCAAUGACACUACCUGGGCAACGAUUGCUACUCAAUUCUGCAAUGGGAGUCGACAGUCUCCCAUUAACAUCGUCCCAGCAGAAGCCACAGCUGACUCCUCACUGACUGCAUUCACCUUUCAUAACUUCAGCAGAGCCUCCAACCUGAAAACCAUCACUAACACUGGCAAGACAGUCAAAAUCUCCAUCGAUAGCGGUGUUGGGGUUGAGGGAGGAGGCCUGGAAGAAAGAUACGACAGCCUGCAGUUCCACUUGCACUGGGGUAAUGGCAUCUCUGUCCCUGGCUCUGAGCACACUGUGGAUGGCAAGCGCUAUCCCAUGGAGCUUCACAUUGUAAACAUCAAGAGCAGUCAUAAUGGGAACAUAACUGCAGCUCUCGCAGACUCUACAGGACUUGCUGCUCUUGGUUUCUUCAUUGACGUAAGGCCAGGGUCAACUGGCCAACCUGCAAUCUGGCAAACCUUGAGCACGUACCUGGCCAACAUCACAAACAGCGGUGACAUCGCUACACUGGAAAGUGGAUUGACACUGGAUGAUGUCCUGGUCGGGGUGAACCGCUCGAGUUACUACCGCUACCUUGGCUCCUUGACUACCCCCACUUGUAAUGAGGCUGUGGUUUGGACUGUGUUCAAGGACCCCAUCUUAGUCAGCGAAGAUGUGAUUAACCUCUUCAACAGUACGGUACGCGUCGGGAACAGCUCAUCACCUCUUGCCGUCAACACCUACAGACGCGUCCAGCCAAGUCAAAGGAUCACAACACAGCGUAACAGCACCAGCUCUAGCUCUAGCUCCAAAACCUGCUACUCUCUUGGGCUGAUGGCCCUGAGCCUCAUUCUGGGGAGGAGUUAGAGCCAGUAAAAGGUUCUGGCAUCUCAGCAGUUCAUGGUAGUGCUGGUAAACUUGUUUGCAAUGAGGAUACACCCCCCUCCCCCCCCCCGCUCCUCCUCCCCACAAGGUCCCAUCUGAGCAAAACUGAGCCUUAAUGCCACAAGAACUUUGCUUUCCUGUCUAUAUACUAAUAAUGUUAUCAUGAAAACAUAAUAAAUGUGAUGAUGGCUGCCUCGCUCCUAUGCAGUUGUCCAUCGUAAACAAUUAUUUAUCUGUAAUCAGAUUUGAAUCUGUUGUAUGCAUGCUUGCUUAAUUGAUUUAUGUUAAACAUGAGUCUGUUUCUGAGCUGCCAAAGCUUCUUUCACGUACCUGAGAAAGGGAUGCACUGAGUUUACUGGGUAGAUGUAGUAAUGGUAGUUUAGAAAUCCAGCAAUGUAAUCUGAGUGUCGGCAUUAAAAUCUGCCGGCAAGUAUUUGUUCUGGAGAGUUCAAACUCAGGUCUGUACCAAUUAAUAGUUAGAGAUCAUGAUUAAAUCUUUAAUCUUUUAUUGUAUUUUAAUAUUCUUAUUUUGUAACCGUUUUUAUUAUAUGCUUUUAUUUUGUCCUCAUCGGUGCCGAUAUUGUCGGCAGAUGAAAUGUAGCCACGUUGCCAAGCUGAACACUCAACACAGCGGGUGUAAUGAAGGAUUGAAGUAUUACUCGGUUGAAUGAACACCAUUAUUUAUCACAAUAAUAUAUAUAUGUUACAUUUAUCCCUGUAUUGCACUACUUGCACGUGACAGAACUGUGACCUCUUGAUCUUGUUAAGUGUCUCGAAAUUAAAAUGAUUUUGGUGUCAA